GGUGGAGCAAAGGAGGCGACAGAACUGCUCUGUCAAGAAGUUUUAGAGAGUCCGCACUGUCGCGUAUGCAGCGUCUUUUAGAGGACAAAAACAAACAAAUAGACAAACACUGGUGUCGACGGAGAAGCGGGAGUCGGACUCGGACACAGCCAUGGAGGGUGUGUAUGGAUGGGGCAUAAACCCACUCAACCCAGUCCAAGCAGCAAACCCCUUCAUAGAGAUCAUCGAGCAGCCAAAGCAGAGGGGCAUGAGGUUUAGGUAUAAGUGUGAGGGACGUUCAGCUGGCAGCAUCCCCGGAGAGAAAAGCAAUGACACCACUAAGACCCACCCAGCCAUCAAGGUGCACAACUACAGCGGCCCACUGCGUGUUCGCAUUUCAUUGGUGACGAAGAAUCCACCGCACAAGCCUCACCCCCACGAACUGGUUGGGAAAGACUGCAAACACGGCUACUAUGAGGCGGACCUGCAGGAGAGACGAAUACACAGUUUUCAGAACCUGGGCAUACAGUGUGUCAAGAAGAAGGAUGUGAAUGAGGCCAUCACUUGCAGGCUGCAGACCAAUAAUAACCCCUUCAACAUUCCGGAGGCGAAGGUGUGGGAGGAGGAGUUUGACCUGAAUUCAGUCCGGCUUUGCUUCCAGGCCUCCAUCACUCUGCCAACAGGAGAGCUGUUUCCUCUGGAGCCUGUGGUAUCGCAGCCCAUCUAUGACAACAGGGCCCCGAACACAGCUGAGCUGAAGAUCUGCAGAGUCAACCGCAACUCUGGAAGCUGCAAAGGAGGGGAUGAAAUCUUUCUGCUGUGUGACAAAGUGCAAAAAGAGGACAUCGAGGUGCGUUUCUUCCAGGACUCCUGGGAAGGAAAGGGCACUUUCUCCCAGGCUGAUGUCCACAGGCAGGUGGCCAUCGUGUUCCGCACACCGCCGUACCGCGACACUAACCUCACCGAGCCCAUAAGAGUCAAGAUGCAGCUCCGCCGGCCUUCUGAUCGCGAGGUCAGCGAGCCGAUGGACUUCCAGUACCUGCCCGCUGACCCAGAUGAAUACAGGCUGAGUGACAAGAGGAAGCGUACUGGGGACAUGUUCCAGAGCCUCAAACUGGGGCCCAUGCUGUCUAGUGUGUCCAUUCCACAAGAUAGACGGCACAUAAGCCCGGCAAGAAGAACUGUGACAGCCAAGCCUCCAUCAAUGAAUGCACAAGUUGCAUCCGCUGCGCUUGCUGCUGCAGGUGGAGCAAAACCCCAGCCUACCUACUCUUAUCAACCAGGCCAGCUCUUCUCAGUCCAGCCCAAGGUGGAGGCCUCCCCCUCCAUCUCUUCUGCAACUACAAACCAAACAUGGAGGAUCAUGGAGAGCCUGAGCCUGGGCUCCCAGCCCAAAGCUACACCGGUGCCCAACUUUACAAUGAGCCAAGCACCAUCCUCCUGCUCCUCUACCACCACCUCCACUGCCAACCAGGACUACUCAACUGUCAAUCUUUCAGACCUUCACGAAUUCUUCCCCAACAUUUCCUCAGGCAUCGCCCAGGAGCAAGCAGCUUCACAGGCAAGCACGGCCCCCUCACAGGCCACCAGCUCCUUCACCCUCCAGGGCUCUCAGUUCCGGGUGGACGCACCACUUGUGGACGAUGACAUCCCAGAGUUCCCUAGCUUUUCCGAAGCUAGGGAAUGCAAUUUGGAAAGCCUAAACAUGGACGACUUUGAGGACCUUCUGAGCCCCCAGCUUAUGAACGAGAGUGGUGGAAACGGCACCUCGAUGUCGGCUCAAGCUCCGUGCCAGCAGCCUGCCCCUCCCAGCUCUUCCACUGCUGCCCACAGCGCAGCAUCCCAGAACACUUCUGACCCUGCCAGCAUGCCAGGAAGCACCUGGAUGAAUUACCCCAACAGCAUCGUCAGCUUACUCCAGAACGAGGGCAUGAUUGACAUGGCAUCCAACAACGGCAAUCACCGGCCUGCUGUGCUGGAUGAGUUUGAUGAGUUGAUGUCUGCUGACGAGGAUCGUCUGAUUUCCAUUUUUAAUAGUGGAAGCCAAGCUGGGUUUGUGUCAGGACACCCCACUUAAAGUUUGUCCCCGUUAUUUUUUUACGAACAUAUUUACAUAGACCACUUGCAUCUGCCCCUUAACCUUCAGAACUGAAACUCUUUGUUGUUACAAAAGACAACAAAGGAAACAAGGUGGAUAUAAGAGGGCUGCAAGGGACAGAAUGUAGCAAUACUGCUCACUGUGGACAUGCUUGUUGAAAUACCAGCAAAGACUCUUUAUGGUAUUCAAUUAGCAGGUGUUGCCAGUCAUUUAAAUACAGUUAAACCGACGUAUGAUAAGACAGGACUGAAGCUUGACAGAUUUCAUUGCCCUUAAGCCCAUAUUUAGCAUCAAUCAUUAACUUUGUUUUUAUAGACAGUCAAAUCAGAUGCAUUGCUGAAGGCAUCUGUCCAAAUGUUUUUCUCUUGAGGUUUUCUGUGGAAUAUGUUAGCAUGUUUUUGUACUUGCUAUUUCAACAAUUUCGGGAACUGUGGUCAGUGAGAUUAUCACUCUGUAAUGUGUAAGGUUGGUCUGCUGUACUAUACAGUAGGUAGUUUCAGAAAGGCAUUUUGAUUGGAUCUUGAGGCAAAUACAUGUCCAUUAUGUCCACUGUUCCUGUAAUUAAAUAUCCCCAUGUAUUACAGGGUUCCCACAUUCAUGGAAAACCUAAAGAAAUCAUGAAAUUUCUAAAUCUCAUUUUCGAGGUUUGGAAAAGGGUACUUGUAAAUCAUUGAAAGUUUUGGAAAAAUCAUGGAAUUAAUCGUGACAGUUAAUGAAAUGUAACAUGAUGGCAAAUUAAUUAAAGUUGAUGUAAUGUAGCUCUGACAUGCAACCUUUUGCUUACUAUAUACAUUAUAAUACAUUAACUAACAGUUGGAAUACAGUAUACUAUACAGCCAUGUCCUUAUAGGUUGUGAAUGGACAUGAAAAUGUUAUUAUAGGUCCUUAAAAAGCCUUGGAAAAGUUUAGGAAUAUUUCCAUGAAAAUGCGUGGGAACCCUGGCAUUACUUUGGAACUUUGUGAUUUCUGAAGGUCAGCAGUAAAUGUAAUGUCUCUUGUACAGGUGCCUUUGUUGAGUCUCAACAAAACGUAGUAUGUGUUGCAAACCAAAUGAAGGUCUACAUAUAAAUAAUUAUCAAACAAGCAACAUUAAUAAGUACAUGCUUAUAGCAAAGAAGCACACACCCACAAACUGUAUCAAAUCUUGGUUCUGUGUCUGCUGAAUUUCCUCUGGUCUCAUCAGUUUUUAUCUUCAGUUAUUUUAUGAAAAAUGGCUGCAGUUUAACUCAAAUGUUUCAGACCUGUAGGUUAACUCGCUUCAACUCUGUUGUAAAAGAUGCUUUAAGAUGGAAUUAUGCUGUUUUAUACAGGUAUGAUGUAAGCAGAUAAUACUAUAUGCCUUUAUGCUUGAAUGAAUGAUUAAUUCUGUCCAAAUUCCAAAACACUUUUCUUGGCAAUAAAAACC